AACAGCUGUGUCCACUUCACCUGCUCCACCAAACCAAAACAACCCAACAUGAGCGCAGAACACACACACGGGAACUCACAGGUUUAUUCUGCAGCUAAAGGAAGCGAACCGCAGAAACAUAAAGACAAACACAAAGACAAAGAGCACCGACACAAAGACCACAAGAAAGACAAGGAGCGAGAGAGGUUCAAGCAGAGCAACAGCGAACACAAGGACCACUCUGAGAAGAAACACAGGGACAAAGAGAAGCUGAAGCACAGCAAUGGCAGCUCAGACAAGCACAGGGAAAAACACAAAGAGAAGGACAAAGAGAAGAGGAGAGAAGAGAAGAUCAAAUCCUACCACGUAGAAAAGCCGAAAAAGGAGAAAGAAAAUGGAUAUGUGAGAGAAAGAAGUCCCGCUGCCAUUAAGAGCGAACCCGAAGAAGACAACGGAUUCUAUCCGUCUCCCCAACACAACAGGACCUCCAAACGAGAGUUCGACGAUGAAGAAUUUGAAUACAAGCCCAAAAAAGUCAAGACAGAGCACGACAAAAAGGCCAAGAAGAGGAAACAUGAGUACGAGGAGGACGACGAGGACGAGGACAUCAAGCCCAAAAAGAAGACAAAAGACAAGAAAGCAACGGAAGGAAAGAAAGCCAAAAAGGAGGAGGAGGAGAAGUGGAAAUGGUGGGAGGAGGAAAGAUCCACCGAUGGAUCCAAAUGGCGCUUCCUUGAGCACAAGGGUCCAGUGUUUGCACCGCCGUAUGAAGCCAUGCCUGACAAAGUCAAGUUUUACUAUGAUGGUAAGCCUAUGAAACUGAAUGCUCCCGCCGAGGAGGUAGCUACGUUUUUUGCCAAGAUGUUGGAUCACGAGUACACCACCAAGGACAUCUUCAGGAAGAACUUCCUCAAGGACUGGAGGAAGGAAAUGACAUCAGAGGAGAAAUCAAAGAUCACCGACCUGAACAAGUGCGACUUCGGUGAGAUGAAUGAGUACUUCAAGGCCCAAUCAGAAGCGAGGAAACAGAUGUCGAAACAGGAGAAACAGAAAAUCAAAGAGGAGAACGAGAGACUCCUCCAGGAGUACGGUUUCUGCAUCAUGGACAACCACAAGGAGAGGAUCGGAAACUUCCGCAUCGAGCCGCCGGGACUGUUCCGAGGACGAGGGGAUCACCCGAAGAUGGGCAUGUUGAAGAGACGCAUCAGACCCCAAGACAUCAUCAUCAACUGCAGCAAGGACUCCAAGCAGCCUAAACCUCCUCCAGGGACAAAGUGGAAGGAGGUUCGCUAUGACAACAAGGUGACCUGGCUGGCCUCUUGGACGGAGAACAUCCAGGGCUCCAUCAAAUACAUCAUGUUGAAUCCGAGCUCCAGGAUCAAGGGGGAGAAGGACUGGCAGAAAUAUGAGACCGCUCGUCGGUUGAAGAAGUGCGUGGAUCGAAUCCGUACCCAGUAUAGAGACGACUGGAAGUCCAAAGAGAUGAGGAUCAGGCAGAGAGCUGUGGCUUUGUAUUUCAUAGACAAGCUUGCACUGAGAGCAGGCAACGAAAAGGAGGAAGGUGAGACGGCGGACACCGUCGGCUGCUGCUCGCUGCGGGUGGAGCACAUCAAACUCUACCCCAAGAUGGACGACCAGGAGUACGUGGUGGAGUUUGACUUCUUGGGAAAGGACUCCAUCCGCUACUACAACAAGAUCCCCGUGGAGAAGAGGGUGUUUAAAAACCUCCAGCUGUUCCUGGAGAACAAGCAGCCUGAAGACGACCUCUUUGACAGACUGAAUACUUCUAUCCUGAAUAAGCACCUCCAGGAGCUGAUGGACGGCCUGACAGCCAAGGUCUUUCGUACCUACAACGCCUCCAUCACCCUCCAACAGCAGCUCAAGGAACUUGCCUGCCCUGAUGACAGCCUCCCAGCUAAAAUCCUGUCUUACAACCGUGCCAACCGGGCGGUGGCCAUCCUCUGCAACCACCAGAGAGCUCCACCCAAAACCUUUGAGAAGUCCAUGCAGAACCUUCAGACCAAGAUCGACGAGAAACAGAAUCAACUGUCGGCAGCCAGGAAGCAGCUGAAGUCUGCCAAGGCUGAACACAAGGCUUCCCACGAUGAGAAGAGCAAAAAGACUCUGGAGGUGAAGCGUAAAGCUGUCCAGAGGAUAGAGGAGCAGCUGAUGAAGCUCCAGGUCCAGGCCACCGACAGAGAGGAGAACAAGCAGAUCGCUCUGGGCACCUCCAAGCUCAACUACCUGGAUCCACGCAUCUCUGUGGCAUGGUGCAAGAAAUGGUCCGUCCCCAUCGAGAAGAUCUACAACAAAACGCAGAGGGAGAAGUUUGCCUGGGCGCUCGACAUGGCUGAGAAGGACUACGAGUUUUAAACACACUUGACGUUUUAAUCUUUUUCUUUUAAAGUCACGCCUUUUGAUUGUAGAGGUUUGUAGUUGAGGUCAAACGAUUCCACAGUGAGUGGUUACGGCAGGGCUGCUGGAGCUCGGUUACAUAAUUGUGCUAUAUAUAGAUAAAUAUAUAUAUAUAUACACAUAUGGAUUGGUUGUGAAUAUAGGAACUCCUGAACCAUUUGACCAAGCUGCCAAAGGGCGUCUCCCUUAAAAGAAAUGACAGCAGUGCGUAUGUAGCUGCAGCUUUCUGCCCACGAUCAAACCCAGAUGAACACAUGAGUAUUAUCUGUCAUCGGACACGACCGUCCUGAAAUGUUUAAGCCAUCUGACCUUGCCGAGACGUUCUAUAUUCUCAUAGAAUAAUGAAUUAAUAAAUGUUUGUACGGGGGACUGCGAGGAGCAACAUGAGAGAUAAUAGGAUGAAUUUCAAUUUGUGGAAAUGUGUGAAAGAUUGGUACAAUAAAAGGACGGACUGGUGGCAGUGUGAAGUGUAUAGAAACCCGAGCACUAUGUUCAUUUAACUAUUAGCACACAGAAUGUCAUCUUUGUUUCUCAUUUAGUUCGCUGUUUAUUUCAGGGAUGUACAUAUUUUAUCGUCAUUUUUAAGUAACUAUGAUUCCGUGUUUUAUAAAAAUGUGCUCUGUAUGCAUCAUCAACGAUAAGCUCUUCAUUGCUUAUAUGCAACUCGUGUGUGUGUGUGUGUGU